AUGGCCAACAAAAUGCGGUCUAAGAACCCGCCGGAGAAGAAGACGCCGUCGGUGCCGGUUAUCAGCAAACGGCCCCCGGACGGUGGUUGGGGAUGGUUUGUCGUGUUCGGAUCGUUCAUGAUACACGUAGUCACUGAUGGAGUGACUUAUUCGUUUGGUGUUCUAUACACAGAAUUCUUAGAUGUUUUCAAAGAAAGUAAAGGGGCAACUGCAUGGAUCGCAUCCUUAUUAGUUGGAGUUACUCUAUGCUCAGGACCCAUCGCCAGUAUUUUCGUUAACAAAUAUGGUUGUCGUUUGGUGACUAUUGCGGGAGCUAUACUUGCGAGCAUUUGUUUGAUGACUAGUGUAUUCGCCAACAGUCUGGUAACUCUGUACAUAACUAUCGGAAUCGGAACAGGUCUGGGCUUCGGUAUGAUCUAUUUGCCUGCCAUUGUGAGUGUGACGUGCUAUUUCGAUAAGUACAGGUCACUGGCCACCGGUAUCGCCGUUUGCGGUUCCGGACUGGGCACGUUCAUCUUUGCGCCGUUAGUCGAUUACCUGGUGAAAGGGUACGGCUGGAAGGUCACCGUGGCCGUCAUAUCGGGCCUGGUGUUCCUGUGUACGCUGUUCGGUGGGCUGUUCCGGCCGCUGAACGCAGCCACAUCCGCAGCCGACGAAGAUGGUGACGAGGACGGUGAAAUACCGGUCCUGAUGAACGGGGCCGCGACCACCACAGUCGUUCUGAACAUCAUCGAACCGCCGGCGGCCGAGAGUCAGCCGCUGAAGAACGGUGGUGGCAGCGUGGACGCGGCCACCCGGUCAUACGAUCACAUACCCAACUCGGACGACGACGAAGAGUGGCGUGGAGCCGGCCACGACCAGACCGAGAUGUCGCACGACGCACUGCUGCUGUCUGACGUCAGGCGGACCAGCAAAAGUUCGGCCACGGCCGCAGCCUCGUCAAAUGCAGCGGCUGACUCCACGGCUGCGUCGUUCGGCAACGAUCUGGACAGACAGUCGCGGUUCACGCUCAGCCAGCCUGAGCUGAUCGCCGCUUCCGGUUGCCGGAACAGCUGUCGGCUCAACACUCGGCAGCGGAAUGAGGUGUGCUACGCCAGCCAGAAUCUUAAGCCGUCCGCGAAUGGCGGCAGCGGCGGUAUCAUGUACCAGAAGGACAUAUUCUACAGCGGAAGUCUUGUCAACAUAAACCUGAACCGCAGGAGGACCAUAUCGCAGUCGACCAACGCUGGUGCUUAUGCCACCGAAAUAACCAACACAAAUAUAGAAAGCGACCAAUUUUCGGACGGUAUCUGUUGUUCCGCCGACGCCAAGAGCACAAUAAAGACAUUGUUGGAUUUCUCUCUACUUAAAGACCCCGUAUUCAUACUGUAUACAAUAUCCAACUUCUUGACGAGCAUUGGCUUCAACAUACCGUACUUGUACUUAGUGCCCCAAGCCGGCAUGAUAGGCAUAGCAUCGAAACAUUCAAGUUACCUGUUGGCCUUGUUGGGCAUAGCCAACACAUUGGGAAGGAUCAUACUCGGAUUUAUAUCGGACAAACCGUGGAUAAACAGGCUCAUGGUGUAUAAUCUGUGUUUAACGGUUUGUGGUAUAGCUACAAUGCUGAGCACAUACUGCACGGACAUACUCUCGUUAUCCUUGUACACGAUCGUUUUCGGAUCCACAAUCGGUGCGUACGUGGGUCUUACGUCGGUUAUCCUGGUGGACCUGCUGGGCCUGGAUAAAUUGACAAACGCUUUUGGAAUCCUGUUGAUGUUUCAGGGCAUUGCCUCGCUCGUCGGACCACCCAUAGCCGGGUGGCUGUUUGACAUAACGGGCUCGUACAACCCGGCUUUCUACCUUUCGGGAUCGAACAUCGCCGUAAGUGGUUUGAUGCUGUUCGUCAUACCGUACGUCCAGCGGCAGUGUGAACGGAAGGAACUCGAGAAAAUGACUGCAGUAGUAAAUAAUAAUUAA